AUGUUGCAGAACCGAUCGAUUGAUGGCGAGCGGCAGGUCCCGCAGAUGCCGCCCCUGGGGGCUCCGCGCCCGCCGAUUGACCCGAAUGCCGUGAUCAAGACACUCUUCGCCGCCAAGGGCAUCUCGCUGGACCACUCGCGCAAGCUCGGCAGCGGCCGCUACAGCAAAGUCAUCACCGCCCAGGCGUUCAACGGAUUCGAGCUGGCCAUCAAGAUGAUCAACAAGCUGAAGGUGACCAAGGACUUCCUGAAGCGCUUCCUGCCCCGAGAGCUGGCCAAUUGGAAGAUGCUCGUCCAUCCGAACAUCAUUCGCCUGUUCCGCCACUACGAGGCCCUCGACCACGUGUUCCUCGUCAUGGAGUUUGGCAGCGGAGGAGACAUGCUGAGCCAUGUGCAGAAGAACGGGGCUGUGCCCGAGCCCCAGGCCGCUUUCUGGCUUUACCAGGUUUGCUCCGCCAUCGUCUACAUGCACAGCGUCGACGUGGCCCAUCGUGACUUGAAGCUCGAGAACAUUGUCAUCUUUGGGCAAGAUGUGAAGGUCGCCGAUUUGGGUUUCUCACGCAAGGUCGAGGGCGAAUUUUCGGAGACGUUCUGCGGUUCGAAGGCCUACUCGGCGCCGGAGAUCCUGCUCGGCAACCCCUACAACCCAUUCAAGGCUGAUGUUUGGUCGAUUGGUGUCGUGGGCUUUGUGAUGACGACCGACACGAUGCCGUUCCGCGAGGACCUCGACAACCAGAAGAUCGUCAAAAACCAAAAAGAGCGCCGCCAUCAUGAUGCCGUGGAUCAAUGCGGGAAGGGUUACGGCAAGCCGCUUCUGCCAUCGCGCAGCCAGCCGCCUACAAACAACAACACCCCGAGUGGCAACGCCUUCAACAGGCCGACGAUCAACGACCGCCAGGCUCAUCCCACCUACUACGCCGGCGUCCGCGAGCAA